GGAAAAACAAAACAUAAACCAACAAAACCCACCUGCUGCUGUCAGAGGUCACAGACCACCAACAGACUUUCAGAGGGCCCUGUCUAUCAGCCAUUCACACUGGGGUACCUAGGAAACUGAAGAGCUAGCAAGCUUUAAGUCAGAGGGCAUACCUAUCUUGGCUAAGGUCUUCCUCAGUCUCCAAGCCUGAGGAUCUAGGGACAAUAAGUCCAUGGAAUCAAGUUGGCAGUUGGCCACUCUUCCCCUCCCCAUUAGGAGAUCCUUUGGGAAAACCGGCCUAGCAGGGGGCACCUGGUGGUUUUCCCCUUGGGGUACCCCACUGAACCUAGGUGGGGGGCGCAACACGUACUAAGUCCUGCACCUGAGCUGGGGGCGCUAUAGCGUCCUGGAUGGUUUGUGUGGGGGGCGCGUUCCUGGCCACCUCCAAAUAGCCUGCAGCCCCUACUCAGCCCCAAGCCUUGGCGAGUCAGCCCGGUAAGCCUCCUCCCCUCCCGCUUCGGGCGGCUUGAGCCCGCGCCCGCUCCAGUUGCUGCAGCUGCCACUGCUGGCGGCAGCGGGGAGCGCGGGGCGCGCGCCGAAGAGACUCCGGCUGCGAGGACAGGGACGAGGAGGAGCCAGAGGAGGAGAGGAAGAAGCAUCAAGCAGAGUCCGAGGAGCCUCGGGGUCGUGGAGACCCGACUCGAGGGGUUCCGUAGAGCACCAGCUAGGGGGCAGAGAAGGCAGGGCAGCCGGCCGCAGCCAACCUGCCGCGGCCCUGCGAGCAUAGGAGGCUGCGAUCCAGAAGCUGAGCGAAGCCCGGGGAAGGAAGGGUGGCGCGGGCACGCCCGGGCGGGAGAGCGCGGAUUCUCCGAUCCUAACGAGCUGUCGCCUCAUCACCCGGGAGCUGCUCCGGCACGGGCGGGGGACCCCGGGCCCGGGCGCAGCGCACACGCGUGGCGCACGCCAGGCGGGCCGGGCGGCGCCUAGGGCAGCCGGGACCGCGCGCACAGAGCUCGGGGAGGCACAGACCCCGGGCACGGGGGGCCCGCGGCGCCCCCUGGGCUCUCGGUGCUCCGCGUAGCCCCAGGAGAGAUCGGGGCCCGGGUCCGGGAGUGGGAACCACCCGCGCUCAUCCCCUCCCCCCCCCGGGCGGGCCAGCGGCCCGGGGGAGGGCGGGCGGCGGCGCUUGGCUGUAUAUAUCUCCGCGCGCCCCGCCAGGUCGCGCACAGCGCCCCGAGCCCAGGCGCCUCCCCGCCCCCCUUCCCCGCGUUCCGCGGCGGCGGCGGCGGCAGCAGUAGCAGCAACAUGGCUGUUGAUGGGUGUUCGGGGUGGCGCUGGCGGCGGGAGGAGCUCCCUCGAGCCCCUGCGCCGGCCGCCCGUUGCUAGCUAUGGCAAACGGUGGCGGCGGCGGCGGCGGCAGCAGCGGCGGCGGCGGCGGCGGCGGCGGAGGCAGCGGUCUUAGAAUGAGCAGCAAUAUCCACGCGAACCAUCUCAGCCUAGACGCGUCCUCCUCUUCCUCCUCCUCUUCUUCUUCCUCCUCCUCUUCCUCCUCGUCCUCGGUCCACGAGCCCAAGAUGGAUGCGCUCAUCAUCCCGGUGACCAUGGAGGUGCCGUGCGACAGCCGGGGCCAACGCAUGUGGUGGGCUUUCCUGGCCUCCUCCAUGGUGACUUUCUUCGGGGGCCUCUUCAUCAUCUUGCUCUGGCGGACGCUGAAGUACCUGUGGACCGUUUGCUGCCACUGCGGGGGCAAGACGAAGGAGGCCCAGAAGAUAAAUAAUGGCUCCAGCCAGGCAGAUGGUACCCUCAAACCAGUGGACGAAAAAGAGGAGGUGGUGGCAGCCGAGGUCGGCUGGAUGACUUCCGUGAAGGACUGGGCAGGGGUGAUGAUAUCUGCCCAGACACUGACUGGCAGAGUUCUGGUCGUGUUAGUCUUUGCUCUCAGCAUUGGUGCCCUUGUAAUAUACUUCAUAGACUCAUCAAACCCAAUAGAAUCCUGCCAGAAUUUCUACAAAGAUUUCACAUUACAGAUCGACAUGGCUUUCAACGUGUUCUUCCUUCUCUACUUUGGCUUGCGGUUUAUUGCAGCCAACGAUAAGCUGUGGUUCUGGCUUGAAGUGAAUUCUGUAGUAGAUUUCUUCACAGUGCCUCCCGUGUUUGUGUCUGUGUACUUAAACAGAAGUUGGCUUGGCUUGAGAUUUUUAAGAGCUCUCAGACUGAUACAGUUUUCAGAAAUUUUGCAGUUUCUGAAUAUCCUUAAGACAAGUAAUUCCAUCAAGCUGGUGAAUCUGCUCUCCAUAUUUAUCAGCACGUGGCUGACUGCAGCUGGAUUCAUCCACUUGGUGGAGAAUUCAGGGGACCCAUGGGAAAAUUUCCAAAACAACCAGGCACUGACAUACUGGGAAUGUGUCUACUUACUCAUGGUCACAAUGUCUACAGUGGGCUAUGGGGAUGUUUAUGCCAAAACUACGCUUGGACGUCUCUUCAUGGUCUUCUUCAUCCUCGGGGGACUGGCCAUGUUUGCCAGCUACGUCCCUGAAAUCAUAGAGUUAAUAGGAAACCGCAAGAAAUACGGGGGCUCGUAUAGCGCGGUUAGUGGAAGAAAGCACAUUGUAGUCUGUGGCCACAUCACUCUGGAGAGUGUCUCUAACUUCCUGAAGGACUUUCUGCACAAGGACCGGGAUGAUGUCAACGUGGAGAUUGUCUUUCUUCACAACAUCUCCCCUAACCUUGAGCUUGAGGCCCUGUUCAAACGACAUUUUACUCAGGUGGAAUUUUAUCAGGGUUCUGUCCUCAAUCCCCACGAUCUUGCCAGAGUCAAGAUAGAGUCAGCAGAUGCAUGCCUGAUCCUUGCCAAUAAGUACUGCGCUGACCCGGAUGCAGAAGACGCUUCCAACAUCAUGAGAGUGAUCUCCAUAAAGAACUACCACCCGAAAAUCAGGAUCAUAACUCAGAUGCUGCAGUAUCAUAACAAGGCCCAUCUGCUCAACAUCCCCAGCUGGAAUUGGAAAGAGGGUGAUGACGCAAUAUGCCUCGCAGAGCUCAAGUUGGGUUUCAUAGCCCAGAGCUGUCUGGCUCAAGGCCUCUCCACAAUGCUUGCCAACCUCUUCUCUAUGAGGUCAUUCAUAAAGAUUGAGGAAGACACGUGGCAGAAAUACUACCUGGAAGGAGUCUCCAAUGAAAUGUACACAGAGUAUCUCUCCAGUGCCUUCGUGGGGCUGUCCUUCCCUACUGUUUGUGAGCUGUGCUUUGUGAAGCUGAAACUCCUGAUGAUAGCCAUUGAGUACAAGUCUGCCAACCGGGAGAGCCGAAGCCGAAAGCGAAUCUUAAUUAACCCUGGGAACCACCUUAAGAUCCAAGAAGGUACUUUAGGAUUUUUCAUCGCAAGUGAUGCCAAAGAAGUUAAAAGGGCAUUUUUUUACUGCAAGGCCUGUCAUGAUGACGUCACAGAUCCCAAAAGAAUUAAAAAAUGCGGCUGCAGGCGGCUGAUCUAUUCCAAGAUGUCCAUCUACAAGAGAAUGAGACGAGCAUGUUGUUUUGAUUGCGGACGUUCUGAGCGUGACUGCUCAUGCAUGUCAGGCCGUGUGCGUGGUAACGUGGACACCCCUGAGAGAGCCUUCCCGCUUUCUUCUGUCUCUGUUAAUGAUUGCUCCGCCAGUUUCCGUGCCUUUGAAGAUGAGCAGCCGCCAACGCUGUCACCCAAAAAAAAGCAACGUAAUGGGGGUAUGAGGAACUCACCCAACUCCUCCCCGAAGCUGAUGAGGCAUGACCCCUUGUUAAUCCCUGGCAAUGAUCAGAUUGACAACAUGGACUCCAAUGUGAAAAAGUACGACUCCACCGGGAUGUUUCACUGGUGUGCACCCAAGGAGAUCGAGAAAGUCAUCCUGACUCGAAGUGAAGCUGCCAUGACUGUCUUGAGUGGCCAUGUUGUAGUCUGUAUCUUUGGGGAUGUCAGCUCAGCCCUGAUUGGCCUCCGGAACCUGGUGAUGCCGCUCCGUGCUAGCAAUUUUCACUACCAUGAGCUCAAACACAUUGUGUUUGUGGGCUCCAUCGAGUACCUCAAGCGAGAGUGGGAAACACUGCACAACUUCCCCAAAGUGUCCAUAUUGCCUGGUACGCCAUUAAGUCGGGCUGAUUUAAGGGCUGUCAACAUCAACCUCUGUGACAUGUGCGUUAUCCUGUCAGCCAAUCAGAAUAAUAUUGAUGAUACUUCGCUUCAGGACAAGGAAUGCAUCUUGGCGUCACUCAACAUCAAAUCUAUGCAGUUUGAUGACAGCAUCGGGGUCUUGCAGGCUAAUUCCCAAGGAUUCACACCUCCUGGAAUGGACCGGUCAUCUCCUGACAACAGCCCAGUGCAUGGGAUGCUGCGCCAGCCGUCCAUCACAACAGGAGUCAACAUCCCCAUCAUCACAGAACUCGCUAAACCAGGCAAGUUGCCUUUGGUAUCAGUCAAUCAGGAAAAAAACAGUGGGACGCACAUUCUAAUGAUAACGGAGUUGGUGAAUGAUACUAAUGUUCAGUUUUUGGACCAAGACGAUGACGAUGACCCUGAUACGGAGCUGUACCUCACACAGCCCUUUGCAUGUGGAACAGCAUUUGCUGUCAGCGUCCUGGAUUCGCUCAUGAGCGCGACAUACUUCAAUGACAAUAUCCUCACCCUGAUACGGACCCUGGUGACAGGAGGAGCCACGCCAGAGCUUGAGGCUCUGAUUGCUGAGGAGAAUGCACUUCGAGGGGGCUACAGCACUCCCCAGACACUAGCCAACAGGGACCGUUGCCGAGUGGCUCAGUUAGCCCUGUUGGAUGGCCCCUUUGCAGACUUAGGGGAUGGUGGUUGUUAUGGUGAUCUGUUCUGCAAAGCUCUGAAAACGUACAAUAUGCUUUGUUUUGGAAUUUACCGGCUGAGAGAUGCCCACCUCAGCACCCCAAGCCAGUGUACAAAAAGGUAUGUCAUCACCAAUCCCCCCUACGAAUUUGAGCUUGUACCAACAGACCUGAUCUUCUGCCUGAUGCAGUUUGACCACAACGCUGGCCAAUCGCGAGCCAGCCUGUCUCAUUCCUCCCACUCCUCACAGUCCUCCAGUAAGAAGAGCUCCUCCGUCCACUCCAUCCCGUCCACAGCAAAUCGGCCAAACCGGCCCAAGUCCAGGGAGUCUCGCGACAAACAGAAUGCAACAAGGAUGACUAGAAUGGGCCAAGCAGAAAAGAAAUGGUUUACAGAUGAACCGGAUAAUGCCUAUCCCAGAAACAUUCAAAUCAAGCCCAUGAGUACCCACAUGGCUAACCAGAUCAACCAAUACAAAUCCACAAGCAGCUUGAUCCCUCCAAUCAGAGAAGUUGAAGAUGAAUGUUGACUCCCAGGAGACCAGAACUAUUUUUUUAAAGCCUGACAAACUUCAUAAUGGUGAUGUGACUUCUCUUCCUCUUCCAUGCCGAAUCACUGGUGGAAACACUAGAGUAAGCAAGACUUUGCAAGAAAAUAAAGUAGACAGAUCUUUCUCUUUGCCUUGAAUAUUGCUUCCAUGUAUUUUGGAAAUGGUUUCAUUUAUAAAUGAACAUACUACUAAAAUAGUCAUGUAUAGCUUCUAGGGUUUUAAAUUAUUUUUAUUUAUUAGAAAGAAAAUAUAUUUUUUUCUUUUCUUUUUUUUUCAUUGCCAGAUUAUCUUCCCACAUAUCACAGCAAUGUAAAAUCAAAAUGAGUAAGUGGCCAGAUUCCUUAAAUGUGUAUUUCUCUCCUUUCUUUCUUUUUCUUUGAGGAGAAUGAUGGUCACCACCCUGAUUUGUAAUUAAGGAAAAUGGAUUACUAAAAGAAUUUAAGGUAGUCAACAAUCUACAUAAACAUAAAAUAAAAAAAAAAAGUCCCAAGAGCAGAGGUGAAUAUUUGUGUCUCCCCGGAUGGGUGUGUGUUUAGAUCUGUUUUAACACCAGCUCUUAGCAAAUCAAACUUACUUAUCCACACAAUUGAAAGUCAGAUUUCUGUAGUUUCGGUUUUCAUGCAGCGUUUCAUGGCCUUUGUUCAUAUAUCUAAAAGAAAGAGCCUUUUGCAGCUUUUCUGCAAUUGCCAGAUCAGGUUUAACCAGCCAGCUCAAAAUAUGCAGGUACAUCUAGAAUGCGGAAGUCGUGCACCAAGAGCAGGCUUGUUUGUUAUUCUCAUGGUGGGGCCUCCUCCAAGCUGUUAUGCUCCUCAUCUCAUACUCUAAAUCACCCAAACAAGUUCUGUCAACUGUGGGAGGACCUGGUGAAUUCUUUUCCCCAUUCAGAGCUAUUAGCCUGGAAGUUUGUGAACAUCAUGGAGUAGUUUUACCGAAUGCUUAGCAUGCACUAUUUAUUUAGACGGCGACAAUGUCCAUUGUCAAGAAGAUGUCUUUGGCUCAGAUUUUCAUUUGCUGGCUUUCCUUGGUUGAAUUGCUGGGACAAAACAUUCAAACUCGCUAAAAAUAUUUAUGAAACCAAUACCAACCGAAAGGAAAGUAAGUCAUGCUCUUACAGUAGACUGUUAGAAAAAGGCCUUUGAAAAUUACCAGCAAUGAAAUCAAAUGUAUCAGCCACUUCAACCUGUGGUCAAAAGAUUUUUCUAGCCAUCAGAUGCAAUUGUGAUGUCUCAUCUCUGCUGUUGCAUGCAUGCCCAGUGUAUAGUCACUCAACAAGUGUUUCGUUCCAAUGACUCAGAAAGUCUUUCAACCUCACGGUGAUCAACCUCUGAUAUGAUCAUCAGGGUCUCUAGAGAAGCAUGGGCGUGACUGUGAUUUUUAUUUUCUUAAAAAUGUAAAAUGUGGAAACUUCCUCAAUCUAACCAAAAUAGCCCCCAAAGUCCCAUGACAUCUCCUCCAUUGAUGUUUUAGAUGACCAUGGCUCUGUGGUACCUAGCUAUGAUAGUACAAAUCAGAGCAGAGCAAAGCAAUGCAAUCGCCAUGAAACCGUAUGUCCACUAAGGACUCCAAUUACCAAUGUAGGCAAAAUGAGCUUCCACCUCUGUCCACUCCCUGCAGAGCCAAUGUAGUUGUGCUUCCACCUCGUAGGCAUUGUCCUGCAGUGACUUGUCGGACUGUGGUUACUCUGUUGUCACAUUUUGUAGAAUUAGUUCUAUAAAAGUAUUGUGAAUAUAAUGUGUGUCCAAUUGGAUUGUUAACACAAAAAAUAUUUAUAAUCAAUCACUAGUCUACUCAGGCUAAAAUGAUGUCAGCAGUCUAUAUUCAGGCUUAUAAACAUUUCUUGGUUUCCAACAGAACCCAAAUGUGUUGGUGAGGAGAAUCCACUACUAGGAUAUUGACAGCAUUCCUGAAAGCAAAGACUUCCUUACACAUCAUGAUUUUGCAUUGGGGUUACCUAAGUCCAUUUAUGUCAAUCACGCUCUUCUUUCCUUCCUGAACCACAGUAGGCUCUUCUUCACACUCAUUCCUACUAAUCACCUCUGAAUUUGUUCUUUGAUCUUCUAUAGCAACCAAUGUUGUUUAUCUAAAUAAUCUUUCAUUAGAAGAAUAGCAGUCUCAACACUAUGCAGAAGCAUAACCCCUAUCUCAUUUCCCAUGAUAGCUAGAGAUUUAAAUCUAAACUUUUUUUUAAAAACCACAAUGGCUACAAUGAUAGUAUCCUACAGCUAGGAACUCCUUCAGUUCACCAAGCAGCUUUCAAAACCCAUGAUAACAUAGUUCUAUUUUCUUCUAAGAUAGAGCAAUAAAUGAAAAACAAAUCAAGUAUGAUUCUAAGGUGUUACAGAAAAUGACCUGGUGGUGGCACCUUUGUCAAAAACUCAAGGCCAAUCAAUUGAAAUAGAAAUAUCAUUUAUUAAAAAUAACUGGAGGUCUCAAGGCAUUUCCCAAAGAUCCCAAUUUGUUUCUAUUUGUUGAGUUUUGAGUCCUUUAAAGGUAAAAAAACAAAGAGACAAACAAAACAAUAAAAAAAAAUCUGUCUUUCUAACCAUAUUCCCCUUGGGGCAAUGGCAGUCUUCUCUGGCGUAUUCCACAUUAGAAGGCUCUGAUCUCUAGUCCCUUUGUAGGGUUUCAGAAAAGAUAGUUUGGCAAAUUCAUGUUGCUUGAGUGCUUUGGGAAUCAGGCCAUUUGUAAAACAGAAACUACCCGUGAGUCCAUCGUUACCCUCACCGUCUUUCUCAGGCAGGCAAUGUGCUUUUUGUCUAAUCAACUGUAUUUUAAAAUGUCCUCUCCAAAGCAGAUGGAAUGUAUUCAUUUAAAAUGGUUAAUGUUUAAGACUGAUCAUGACUAAGUAACCUGGCCUUCCUUCUACAAGGUACACUUUGUUUUGGUUGGUUUGUUUGUUUCUUAAGUGACGGUAGUUUUAAUCAAGGAAUUAGAGUGGUAUCUGUUGAGUUGAAGUGGAGAAUGAGAAAAUGUAUGAAAUUAGGGAUAGUUUGAAUGGAAAACAAAAAGUGCCCCCAACUGUGCCUGAUUUGAAAGUUCAAGAGCAUUCAGAUACAAUUAACUAUGAAAAUAUUCUUUAACUCCUCCAAGUCUCAGUGACUUAAAUCACUGAGUGAUUCCUUGAGCUGGAUAAGGUCCCUUUCAGACCAAUUAAGGCAGUAGUUACAUUGCCUCAGUCAUUGUAGACAAUCUUUCCAGAGCUGUAAUCAUGGCUCUUCUGGCCUUGUUGCCCAUGUAGGCUUUCUGAGCUAAACCCAAUAUCCACUUUCUGCUCUGAACAUAGAACAGUCAGGUUCAUUUUUGAACUUUUCAGCUUGGAAGCUCUCAGAGUUGAGAUGCAAAUGUUUACAGUCAUGUUCACCUCCUUCGUACAGUCAGUUUCACCUCCUCACACCAUCACAUCCACCUCCAUCAUAACAUCACAUCCACCUCCAUAAUCCCAUCACAUCCACCUCUAUCAUGAUAUCACAUCCACCUCCAUCACAACAUUACAUCCACCCCCAUCAUCCCAUCACAUCCACCUUCAUCAUAACAUUGCAUCUACUUCCAUCAUCCCAUCACAUCAACCCCCAUCAUAACAUCACAUCCACCUCUAUCAUCCCAUCACAUCCACCUUCAUCAUCCCAUGACAUCCACCUCCAUCAUGAUAUCACAUGUACCUUUGUUAUCCCAUCCCAUCUGCCUCCAUCAUCCCAUCACACCCACUUCCAUCAUCCCAUGACAUCCACCCCAUCAUACCAUCACAUCCACCUCUAUUGUGAUAUCACAUCCACCUCUAUCAUAACAUCACAUCCACCUCUGUCAUACAAUAACAUCCACCUCCAUCAUUGAUGAGCUGGUUUUGUUGGUUCUGGGUUUCUCUUUGCAGCCUCACUCCUCUCCUUCCUUGUCUCCUGGUCCAGCACAGUUUUCGCUAGUCUCUUCAUCUCUAGCCCAAUAGCAUGUAGAGAGAGUUUGGACACCUCUACUCUCCUGCUAUUAUUCCCAUUAAUUUUCUUUGAGCUCAAAGGUAAACAGUAUAGUUAAUUGACCAGGAAAAAUCUUGACUACCAAGAGAUCACACAAAUUCAUUGAGAAUUGAGUUCCAGCUCCAGAUCUUCUCAUUUUUUAUUUUAUUCAUAUUUUCUGCCUUUGGGACAGUGGUAAAAUCACUGACACAGUCACCCUUAUUACUAAAGGCUUAAGCCAUCAUUUUUGAAACUUAGAGGAACUGAGAAAUUACUUCGAACUUUCUUUUCUGCCUCUGCUCUUAAUGGGUGUUUUUCUUUAUGAAACAAUAAUUUCUCACUUAAAUCCCAUGGUUACUUGAGAAAAUGAUGACUCCUUUGGAUUUAUUUGUUUAAGGAACAAAUAAAUAGAAAGUCAGAGUCUCUGAAAGUUCUGAACAGAGUGAAGGGCAGUGAUUGUGCCCUUUGGGGACUGAAGAUUUUGAGAUGUUCAGUUGUUUCUGGAAGGGAAUCACAGAAAUGUAGAUAUUCUAGUUGAAUAUUAAGGUUGUUUAAGCCAAAUUUAUCCUAACUGGUUGUUGCUUAUGUAUUACUAGCUAUUAAUUAUUCCAAGAUUAACAUUAAAAUAAGGCAAUGCAGAGGACAUCUUAAAUUUUAUAUUUCAGUACCAAUGAUAAGAGUGAUUUGAAAAAAUAUUAAGAAAGGGACCUAGGUGGCCAAAGGUCUUUAGCCCUACAGUACUUAGGAGCUCCUCAAUAUUCAGUCUCACAUGGCUUGAGGCAGAAAUGAUUCUUAAUUAGACUCUCUCUUCUCAAAAACUGUGGUUUUGAGCAUGAAAAUGGGCCUGAAAGAGGGUAACUCCGGGUGUCAAUGAAAAAGUUACAGAGAACAAAAGGAGAUAGAUAUGAUACUUUAAGAAACCCAGGCAAGAGGCAAUGCCUAGGAUAGGGAAGAAUAUGUUCCCUUAACCAGAAAUGGGGAAAAUGAUAGGAACCCAUUCUUAGAUGGGCUGUGGAGGCUGUUAUGUAGGAAAUACAUGGUUUGACUGAAGGCACAGGGAUCCUGAGAAUUUUCCAGUGAGAAGAAACUUAAGGGGUUAUAAUGAUAACCAAAGUGAUUUUGAUAUGUGAGAAACUUACCUUUGGUAGUAAGUCUGCGGCCACAAGCUGAGAAAAAGUAGGACAAGACUUCGUAGAAGAUGAUAGAAAGUAGGUAGUUAAAGUAGAGCUUUGGGGCUAGAGGCAUCACUCAGUGGUUAAAAGCUCUUGCUGCUCUUCCAAAGGACUUGAGUUCAAUUCCCAACACCCACAUGGUGGCUCACACCCAUCUAUAACUCCAGUUCCAGGGCUUCUGACACCACCACACAGACACACAUGAACAUAAAAUAAAAAAAAAACAAUUAAGUAGAGAAUUGAUUUAAAAAGUCAGAGAGUGUCACUGAAAGGUCUGAACAAAGAGUGAUUGGCAGGGAUGAUGGCGCCCUUUUGGGGAUGAAGCUUUUGAGAUGUUUGGUUCUUUUUGGAAGGUAUCCCAGAAAUGUAGGCUGUCCAGCUGAACAUUCUCUCAGCACUGUGAAGUCCUAUGGGUUGCACUCAAUAACAGCUCAUCAAGCUGAACAGCCUCCUUCAUAUUAUUAUCUCUGGCACAUUAUCUCUCUGCCAGGCAUACACCAGCCCUGCGAUAGCCAAUUACUAGAAUAUCAGUGGUAAAUCCACCACAUAGAUGAAGGGGAAGGAACAGAUUUUCAGAUUGUUUUAAAGAAACCUGCUGGCUAUACCAUUUUAAAGACAUUAUAUAAUAAGAACAUCUGGUAGACUGCCAACAAAUCAUAGGACAAUCAAGAAUGCAGGACUUCCAACUUCCAACAUUAUGAAAGCAUUUUGUCAGGUAAUCCAGUAACUUGGAACUAGUAGACAACACCAGUUAGAGGAAUGAUUCAGGCUGGAGGAAGGAGCAUGUCACAAUCUUACUUGCAGUAAGCUUAAAAGGAAACCCUAAAGAACCAGUAGAGAAAGAGUAAGCAUAUAUACACCACUUUUCUAAUAGAGCAGGAGUAGAAGGAACAGACAGUGGUAUGGUUUGAAGUAUUAAGUCAAGCUUUGUGGAAUAGAUGGGAUUUCAGAGUCAGGUAAGAUGAGAGGCAACAUCCCAGCUCAUCCAGAAAUAUGGAUAGAUCAGUGAUUUCAUUAGUUUACUAAGGAGUCCUUGUGCACUUGUUGCUGGACAACUUGUGUCUCUUGGGAACAGAAGACAUGCCAUGAACAACAGCACCCGAUAAAGACUUUUUUCAGUAAAUACAAGGUGCACGGCAAAUAAAUAUCAUGGAUUGUAACAGCUUCUGAAGUCUGAAUUAGCCUCUCUUGCUGGGUACGAGUGACAGAUUCUUUGUAAAGGAAAUGCUUACUGCAGACCCCAAGGACAGAGCAAUGCUGAGGUACAGAGAAGAUGAGGAGAUGAUAAGAAUGUGACACGAACUCAGGAAGCUGAGAAAUGGACUGCUUUCUUCCUGAUACAGGCAGGAGAGAGAUCCUUUCCCACCAGGAAGUUGUCUUGGGCUGAGGAGGCAAAGUUGAGAAGAUGCUUUGGGAAGGCCUGGCCCUAUGAAAGCCCCUCCCUGCCACCCACACACCAGAUACUUAUAAAGAGAAUAGCGUGGUUAAGUUCAAUAAAGGGAUAAACAUAGGUUUAGAUGAUGGGUGAGUAGAUCUGUCUGGGGUUAUAACCGAGUUUUCAGGGGCUCAAAGGAACAAAUCAAGUAGAUGCAAUUAAGACAGAUCCAUUCAGUGUUUGGAGAAUAGGAAACAGAAAGGUAUUUAAAGAUAGAAAGAGGCAUCCAUGAGGGUUGAGAUGAAGGGUAUCUGAAAUGGUGACUCAGAAGUAAUGAGGCAGAUUGAAUGGAUCAUUUUUCUUCUUGUCUUUUUUUCCUGUGGUUGCCCUGAGAACUAUAUUGGGUGGGAAACUACCAGGCCACUCUAUGUCACAUUGUACACCAUAGGAAUGGAGAAUAUACAGGGCAUCUAGGCCACAGCAAGCCUUCUGAAGCAUCCACAACAAGAGGGGUCAUGAGUUUAUCUCUCCUUUCAUCAAUUCAUGGCAUCCCAUUGCUCUUCAUCCCUUAUGCAUAGAACACCCAGACCCCUCUAGUUGCAAAAGGCUUAAUACACAAAAUGCUAAGGUCAUCUUGUUCUGAUGGCUUUCCUGGACCAGGCUGUACAUCAGAGCUUUUUGCACAGGUGAAAACUGAUCUUAUUUCUAGGUAGAACGUUACAAUGAAAAGAUUUUCCCCUUAUUUAUUCCCUAAGGAACUUCUGUGUUUCUUCUUGUUCUCCAAAGCUGACCUCCCCCACGCUCUCUAGGGUCUGUUUUAGGAUACAGUAACAGUCCUAUUGUUUAGAGUCUUAGAUGGAAAUAUGCAUACACAUCACAUGUGCCUGCCAAAGCAACCCAGAGCUUCCUGCCCUUGGGAUCCAGGGUCAGUUUGAGGGGUUAGUCAUUAGGGAAUGGAGCCCCUACAAUGAGACAAAUCAAGCCACAAGUCUACACUAAACCAGAGUCUUUCCCACCCCAAAACCUCUCUUCUUCUUUUCCUUCCGCUAUGUACUCAAAUGAUCAGACAGAACUGCAACAUUUCAAACAUAAACCCAGAUCUGCCUGGAAAUCCUAAUUAAGAACCUUCCAUUCCCAGGUGGUACAAUCACAUCCUGCCUAAAGUGUCUGGCUCAUUUCCACCAUGCAGAUGCUGGAAAGAGACUAUUCCCCCACUGAACACCAAAACCUUCAUUUGGGAUUUCUUCAGGGGACAAAGAAAAAAAGCAUUUCAGUGGUUUACAUAUGCAGAGGUCAACCUACAUGUUCAUUAAGGGAAAAGAGCGUGGUUUGUCCAUCUGUCUUUCACAUACUGAUUGCUGGCAUGGUGACUGUGGCUAUGAUGAAUUAGGUGACCAGACAAGAACUGGAGAAGGGAAUAAAUGCUGGUGCUCUGAAAAGACCUACCCAACUCUGUCAUCUGUGACAACCAGUGAUAACUCUCUUGUCUUGUAAAAAGGGUUUGUACAUAACUUGUACAUGGUUUCAUUUUGUAUUUUUCGCAGAUUAAAAAUUUAUGUAUUUGUGU